CGGGCGGGCUGGGCGGCGGCGGCGAUGGGGGAGGCGGAGAGCUCGGCCGGGGCGGCGGAGGUGAAGCCCCCCUGCCCGGCCUUGGGCCCGGGGCCUGGUCCGCCCGCGAUGGAGCCCGGGUCUCAGGCGUCGUCGGAGGACGCGGCGGCGGCGGCGGCCGCCAUCGUUUCGGCCGCGAUGGCAGCCACGUCGGCGGCUCCUCCGCCGCCGCCGCCGCCGCCGCUGCUGCCAGUGCCGGUGGUGUGGAGCCCCGAGGUGGAGGUGUGCCUCUUUCACGCCAUGCUGGGCCACAAGCCCGUCGGUGUGAAUCGACAUUUUCAUAUGAUCUGCAUCCGAGAUAAAUUUAGUCAGAAUAUUGGGAGGCAAAUUUCUUCCAAAGUCAUCUGGGACCACUUGAGCACCAUGUAUGACAUGCAGGCACUGCAUGAAUCUGAGAUUCUUCCUUUCCCCAACUCAGAAAAAAACUUCAUCCUCCCUGAAGAAAUUAUUCAAGAAGUAAAAGAAGGUAAAGUGGUGAUUGAAGACGACGUGAAGGAAGAAAUAAAGGAAGAGAUGGAAGCACACACGGCUCCUGAAGAAGUAUAUGCUUCUCUGGGAAACCUGGCAAAAGCCACUGAAAAACCAAGUAGUAAAGAGAAGGAAAGAGGCUCUUCCGAGUCUGGAUCCAAAGAAGGAUCAGAUAAGAGAAAGCGGAACCGAGUCACAGAGAAAGUCCUGAAUGCAAACAGCAACCCCUCCAGUCCCAGUGCGGCAAAGCGACGCAGGACAUAAUCAACGGCAGAACAACUUGAGCAUGCGCUGAAGUCUGAGCAGAAAAAAGUCAUAGGGCCUAGUUAGCAUGUGAGUGGUAAACGGGGAGACAGAGUGAGGCAAACUGGCCAUCACCCCUCCAAAAGGAGGCAAAUGGUACCUUGUCCCCCAAAUUUUAGGAGGAGAGGGAGGCAAGCAGCUUUACAGCAAAUGCCAAGCAAGUCCAACAUUUUUUUUUUUGCCAUCAGGUGCAACCUACAUGUCACAUCCAGAUUUGUGGGAACCAAGGAACAUCGGUUUUCCUGGUUUAAAUUUUUAGAGACUUCUGUGUUUUGGACUGCAGUUGCUCAUUUUGGUGACAGCAGCACAAUUCUAGCAGACCAGAAUCAGAACUUGCCAAAAACAGCUGCGCUUGUACAUCAUGGGGUUGGUCGGGUGCGUUGCGUGCUAGCAGAAUAGAGUUCCCUUUUCCCCCCAUACAUGCCACAAAAUCAGUCCUGGAAGGUUGGAGCAAAAUUGGGGAGGAGGAGAAGGCAGGAUCCCAUUUGGGGAGCAGAAGUCCAUCUGCACUGUUUCAAAUGUUUUCCUGAUGACUGAUCAAGAAAAUGCAGUGUAAACUGACACAGUAGACUGUCCAUCACUGAUACUGUAUAAAUAACAUUGCUGCAAGCUUUCCAGUAAAGUCAAGUUAGGCAUUGGAAUUACUUGCCAGAUUGGGACAGUAAAACACACACACACACACACACACACACACAGAGAGAGAGAGAGAGAGAGAGAGAGAAUUUGUAUACAUGUGUGUGGUUUUUUUAUUCAUUAUUUAAUUUACUGAUUGCUUUUAAACAUGUAUUUUUUGCAGAAAUUCUGAAAUAGGGGUUACUUUGCUAUUUAAGCUAUUUCCAAAGUAGGUAAAUGUUUUUGUUUGUACUUUAAAAUGUGCUGAGUUUAUAUGCACAGGUGUUAAAAGUUGAGCCCUCUUGCUAUUUCUUGGAAUCAGAUAGUAAAAUUUCCUUCCCUGAUUUUGGUGGACUUAGAAAACACCUUUUGUAAGAAAAAACAGUAUCAGCAGAGGAGUGGAGACGGUUGCAGUGGCAUCCAACGUUCUGUCUGAGCUAACAUCUUCUGUUCAAUAAAAAAGUUCCAGCCCA